CAUAAUAAAAUUAAAUUAAAUUAAAACCCUUUUACUUCAUUUUCCAUAACAAACCUCUCUCUCUCCUUUUUCUCUCUCUAACCUUCAUUCCACAUCCAUGGCGGCGUCCACCACAGCACCGCCACCUUCACCUUCCACAGCUCGAUCCCCAUUAUCUUCUUCACUAUUUAAAUUCUCCUCUUUCAAUCACGCCCCCACACCAAUCUCUCUGCAUUUCCCCAAACGACGACGUGCCAUCCCUCUUCUGAUAUCGGUACGCGCCGAAUGCGGCGGAAAUGAACGGAACCGCCUCUCCGGUGGUGGGGCUCUUCAGUUACAGGGUCUCUCUGAAGACGUUGUUUCCAAGGACCUGCAUUCUCUUCCGAGGCCGUUGUCUUCGAGUCAGUUAUCUCGUUCUGUAUCCGAUGGAUCUCGUCUUCGUGUGGCUUACCAGGGUGUUCGUGGGGCGUAUAGUGAGUCGGCUGCAGAGAAGGCGUACCCAAAUUGUGAAGCAGUGCCUUGUGAACAGUUCGAUACCGCUUUUGAAGCAGUUGAGCGAUGGCUUGUGGACAGAGCAGUUUUGCCAAUUGAGAAUUCAUUAGGUGGAAGUAUACACCGAAACUAUGAUCUUUUACUUCGCCACAACUUACAUAUUGUAGGGGAAGUGAAAUUCGCAGUCCGGCAUUGUUUACUAGCCAAUCAUGGUGUUCAACUUGAGGACUUGAAACGAGUGUUAAGCCAUCAACAGGCUCUUGCUCAGUGUGAGCACACAUUAACAAGGUGGGGUUUGAUCAGAGAAGCAGUGGAUGACACUGCUGGUGCGGCAAAGCAUGUUGCUUUCCACGAAUUAAAAGAUACUGGAGCAGUUGCUAGCUCAGCGGCUGGGGUUAUCUAUGGUUUGAAUAUACUUGCCGAAGAUAUUCAGGAUGAUUCAGAUAAUGUUACUCGUUUUCUUAUGCUGGCAAGAGAGCCUAUCAUUCCAGGCACAGACCGACCAUUCAAGACAAGUAUAGUUUUCUCACUUGAAGAAGGCCCUGGAGUUCUUUUCAAGGCUCUUGCUGUUUUUGCUCUACGUCAAAUUAACCUUACUAAGAUUGAGAGUCGUCCCUUGCGAAAAGAAGCCUUUCGAGCAGCUGAUGAUAACAACAAUGGUCCAAAAUACUUUGACUAUCUUUUCUACGUGGAUUUUGAAGCAUCUAUGGCUGACCAAAAUGCACAGAAUGCGCUUAGGCAUUUACAUCAGGAGUUUGCUACAUUCAUGCGGGUGCUUGGAAGUUAUCCGGUUGACACAAGCAUGCCAUGAACGUCGUUUUUCUUUGCAGAAUAUUCAGCAUUGAAGAAAUAUCCACCACUGAUUUUGACCUGUUGCAAAUCAUUAUUUCAAGACUCGAAAUUCGGAAGAAUCUCAGCCGUGUAAACACCGAUACAUAAAGAAUGGUUCGGUAGUUGCAUAUGCAGGGGCUUCAGUCUAGUCAUUUUUACGGUUGGGAAUGUUGCAGGGUUGGUCUGUCUGUUCUUUUCAACUAUAUUUAGUUAGCCAUGUAAUUACUAGGACGAGUUCAGUUCAGUCUAUCAGAAAAUUUUUGUAGCUCCAACCAUACAAAGUUCUUUCAUGUCCUUUUUUUUUAACUUUAUAUCCUUUCAUUGUUGUUUGUGUAAUAUUCUCUGUGUGUUAGCUUAUACACAUUUAUAGAGAUGAAAAUUGUUGUGAAUCUGUCAUUUACUUGUAAUAACAGUUUACCUGAAUGAAUGUUCAUGGAAUUUUCAGAGACCAUAUUUCAAAUUAAAUGAUUUUUUUUGGGUA